AUGGGGCCCCCGGGCAAUAGGGGAUCAUGGGGCCCCUGUGUCCUUGCCCAAACUCAAAAAAGCCUAUGAAAAAGUAUGUUUUUGCUUGGUGGGAGGAAACCAAAAACCUAGAGAGAAACCCAAGUUCACAUAUGAAGAGUGUACAAACGCCAUACAGAUUAUGACUCUAUAGCAGGGGCGGACUGACAACUCAUGGGGCCCCCGGGCAAUAGGGGAUCAUGUGUCCUUGCCCAAAAUCAAAAAAGCCUAUGAAAAAGGUACCAGGGGCAUCUCAUGGGGCCCCCUACUGA